CGUAGAUUUGACAGGGCAGAGAGGCUGUGUGUGAGAGAGAGAGAGAGAGGAGGGAAGAAGGAGGUGACGGAGCUGCUCCUUUGGGACUCGGAUACAGCGUACAGUUGGGAGCUAUCGACAGUGUCGACUCACAAAAAGGUCUUCGGUUGUAAAAUGCCCCAAUAAGGCACCGAGUAGCGCCUUGUAGCUGUCACCGAGCUCCGCGAGGAUCUCUCUACGGUCGCGGCUGUGCUUGUGGGAAACCGGGACGAAACUGUGAGAGGGAGGAGGGAGAAGCAGGAUUCAUGGAGAUUUUGUAGUAGCUUCAUCGAGAAAGACGUCUGGAUUAUCUGUAUUUGGACGAGGGGUUGAACGUUGUAACGACCAGGUGGUGUUUCUCCGAUGCGUUAUCGCCGAGUCCAACUCUAGCCUCCGACUUGUAUUGUAUUUUAGCUGGGACAGUAGUUUUCGGAGCUCUGGCCAUGGCGGACCAAGAGGAAACUUUUGGCCUUCCAAACUCUCCUGGUGGCUCGGAUUCAAGGGAAGUACCGAGCGAGAAUAAAUCAGAGAAACAGAACGGGACCUCAAGCAAAUCCCCAUCAUCACAGACAACUUACAUUCAACAGGGAAUGGAGGGAAUCAAAGUCUACCUGCACGAGAGGGAACUCUGGGUGAAGUUUCACGAGGUGGGAACGGAGAUGAUCAUCACCAAAGCCGGGAGGCGAAUGUUCCCCAGCUUCAAAGUAAAGGUCACAGGAUUAAACCCCAAAACUAAAUAUAUCCUCCUGAUGGAUGUUGUUCCUGCGGAUGACCAUCGAUACAAAUUCGCCGAUAAUAAAUGGUCUGUAACCGGGAAGGCAGAGCCCGCCAUGCCCGGCAGGCUCUACGUGCAUCCGGACUCUCCCGCCACGGGCGCUCACUGGAUGAGGCAGCUCGUGUCCUUCCAGAAACUCAAACUGACAAACAACCACCUGGACCCAUUCGGACACAUCAUCCUAAACUCAAUGCACAAGUACCAACCGAGGAUCCACAUCGUGAAGGCGGAUGAAAAUAACGGCUUCGGCUCCAAAAACACGGCCUUCUGCACUCACGUUUUCCCGGAGACAGCCUUCAUAGCAGUCACGUCCUAUCAGAACCAUAAGAUAACCCAGCUGAAGAUUGAGAACAACCCAUUUGCAAAAGGCUUUCGUGGGAGUGACGACAUGGAGCUACACCGGAUGUCCAGAAUGCAAAGUACCAAGGAGUAUCCGGUGGUACCUCGCAGUACGGUGCGUCAAAGGGUGGGCUCCAGCCAGAGCCCCUUCAGCGGGGAUGUCCAGGGUAUGGCCACCCCAAGCACAUUGAGCUCCCAGUAUUCCCAGUGUGAGAACGGGGUCACCAGCACCUCGCAGGACAUGCUGCCUCAGUCAGGCUCCUACCCACUGCCACAUGAGCCAGGCCAGGAGUACCACUGCAUCAAGAGAAAAGUGGAGGACGACUGUCACUCAGGUGAGCACAGCUAUAAGAAGUCCUACCUGGAGAGCUCGUCCAGCGAGGAGGACCAUUACUACCGUCCUAUAGGCUACGCCCAGAGCCUUGGCCUAGCUGGCGGGCCGUACCGCAAUGAAUCCAGCCAGCGGCAGGCCUGCAUGUAUGCAAGCGCCUCGCAGGGCGCCGAGCCAGUUCCUAGUUUGGAGGACAUCAGCUGCAACACAUGGGCCAGCGUCUCACCUUACGGGAGCUGCUCCGUAACCACCAUGCAGCCAAUGGAGCGGCUGCCGUACCAACACUUCUCUGCACACUUCACCUCAGGGUCUCUGGUGUCCAGACUCGGCGGGGUCGGGGGCCACGCCUCUCCGCAGCUGGCCGACGGCCACCAUGCUGCAAUGUACCAGAGCUCCAUGACCCACCAGACUCUGGGCCGCCAGUGCAGUCCUGGGGCGGGGAUCCAGUCACCCACAGCCGGUCUGCAGGGAAACGAGUACCUCUAUACACACGGCAUACCACGUACACUAUCACCACACCAGUACCACACUGUACAUAGUGUCAGCAUCAUGCCGGAGUGGAACGAGAACAGCUAAAGCCGCUUUUCCCAUGCUCAAUAGAUAAAAAUAUCAAAAGGAAAACCGUAAAGGACCAAGAUAAGGCAGGGUUUAGAGGAAUCUAUAUUUAUAUUUUUAGAGGAUGCAGUUUCUGAUCAUCUUAAUAAGAUCAGUGUUACUUCGCUGACAGCAGUGGAUAUUUGUAAGACUGCCGAGUAAGAAAGCAAGCAUCUUAUCACUUAAUCUGUUGUGACAGUAUCUGCACUUAUAUGCAAAACAUUAGCAUGAACAAAAAGGAGCCGGAUCAGAAGAUUCGGAAAAGGCUGCUCGAAUGCAGAGAAAUUGAAGACGAUUGGAAAAUCAGACACUUAAAGAAGAAAAUAAAGUUUUAUGGGCUUCGCCAGCAGUCCUCAUGUUGAUGGUGUCCUUGUGCGGUGGUGUUAUUUGGAUGUCAGUGUUUCAGAGACGAGUGAAAUUGUUUCCAUCAAAUUUCUUGUUUUGUAUCAGUGUCCCAACUUUGUUUAAAAAAAAAGGAAGUUUGCUUUCUGCAGCAUAUUUUAAGUUCUUGUUUUUUUUUGUUUUUUGUAAUUAACAACUUGCUUUAAAAAAAUUACUAAGCAAAUGGGGCUUUUGUUGUGGCUCUUGGGUGAAUUUGUUGCUCUUAAAUCUUUAAGAAGGAUGACCCUCUGCCCCAUGUUUACGGGUAUAUUCACACGUAGGAAAGCACUUCAAUAAAAUAGCUUAUUCAUGCAAAUAAAGACAUUUAUGACAGACACUUUUAUUGAGUGUUCAAGUUGGCCCUGAUUUACCCAAUGACAUUAAUAUGACAAAAAUAAUAAUAACUGGGUUUUAAAUCCCAACCUCCCUUUCCAUGUCAUGUUGAAACAGAACAUUAAUCAUACCCCCAAAGAUCCAAUAAACAUUCUAUUUACGAUCCCUUAAACACAAGUCAAAAUACAUUACAAAUGUUUUCUUAUUCUUUUGGUAUCGAGGGAAAAGGCCGAGUGAAUGUGUGAUCAGGCACCAGGUUGCUUGCACAUUGUAAUUUUAUAAGAUGAUAAAAUGUCAGGGCUUUGGUUUUGUCAUCUUGUUGUGGCAUUCUUCUGCAUUUUACUGGUCAGUUCAGUACUAAUGAAUUGGCACAAGUAAAGACCAGUGCAAAACUUACAUUAUUAAUCACGCUUGUACAAAAUCCAAAUGUGAUUUUUAUGGUGCAACAUUUCUUCCAUACAAUAUUAUUCAUCAAUUUUUUUCAAGAAUUUCUGGUUUCAAAGGGGGUCCUUUGUCUAAGAUAUUUAUAUUCACCCUUCGACCUAUUCUCUAUUAACUAAGAGAUAUAAUGACACUCUGGUUUCACAUACUGCUCGAUUAGUUGGAAAGUUCUCAUGAAUCGUGUCCUUGCAAGCUACAGAAACUGCAAAGAUAGGUCGUUGCUCACUAAUGCUCGCCACAGUCUUGUGCGUUAUCAUGUGUAUGUGUCCAAUGCAGAUUAUUCUCCCAAUUCCAAACCCAUGCUGUACUCAGUGAAUGUGUGUUCUUUAAAGUACUCUGUAUUUAUCCCCAAAAUGGCACUUCAUUCAAACUAAUAGGACAAUCGAACUAAACAAACAUUUUGACGAGCAGUUGAAAAUGACAUAGAAUGUAAAUUUUAAAAAGGCAACAAAGUUUACUCAAUAAACAUUAUGAGGUAAAGGUCAGUUUCACCCUACGAGAGAGUUUAUGUUAGAGCUUUGUUUUACAUGUGGGAAAAGGCUAAUCUUUACAUGCUUGUAGUUGAUAGAAUGCUAUUGUCAAUAGUAUUUAUUUUUCAACUAUGUAAAUCUGCUUGAUUCAACAUGUAUCAAAGAUAGAUGGUCCCAUUUCUUUUUAUAGCCUGUUUUUGUAUGAUUGUUAAUAGGAUUUUCUAAUCAUUCUUAUAUAGAAAACAGGAGAUUACUAUACAGUAGGGAUGUAACGAUAUCAAAAUCUUGAGAUAUAAUGACAUCGUGAUAACAAAUCCACGGUUUGAUAUUUAUUGCGAUAUUUAAAAAAAGAAAAAGACUUGGAAAAAUGUCAUUUCUUAAACAAUAGUUGGACAUUGAAACAGGGUGAGAUGGAUCAAAUGACAUAAAGUCCCUUUUAUAAAGUAAGUAAUUGCACUAGCUGGACCUUGUAAACAAAACAAGUCGUAUUCUUAGUACAACAUCUACUAUGUUUUCUAACCCUCUCUAUACUACUACCUACCUGGCUUCUUAGUGGCCCUUACAAGUCAGCUGAUUGGUCAACAGACCAAA